AUGAGCAAAGACCACAGGCCAGAACCUCCUCCAGAGGCUUCUGGAUCCAGAGAUGCAACUGCUGGCGAGAGCACAAAUCAGCCCCGCAGUGGAUUCUGUCAGACCCUACGCAAAGUUAAGAAGAAUGUGGCUAAAAAAGUUUCUAGACGCUUCAAGCGUUCUCACAGCCAAAUCUCCACCAUCCAGAACACUGAUCAUGGAGGCGCUUCAUCGAAUCAUGAUAUCGAGGAUGCAUCGUGUCUGCAUCCUUCUGAUGGCAACAAGCCCGCCACAUCUGAGAAUCUCAGUGGCUGUGAGAAUCAAGUCGCGUCCGGAGAACCUGCUUCGAAGGUCCCCGAUACCCCUCCUGGCGUGGAAGAAAUUCCUGAUCCCCAAUCAGUUGAUGCUGGACUUCAGGGUGCCCAUGAGGCUACAGAAAGUAUGAGACUACUUGGGGGGCAUGUCGCUUCUUUUCUAUCCAAAGCCGAGGAUGGCCCAAGAGAUCUCGCUGCCGCAGACAAUCUCCCGACCACAUAUCUUCGAAAACUCAAAAUUUUUGACACUGUCAUCGAGAAUCUUGUGAACGUACAUCCCUAUGCAAAGAUGGUGCUGGGCAUGCUGUCUGCUGCAUCCAAAAUUAUUCUCGCUCAAACAGAACGUGACAAGUCGGUGCAAACUCUUCUCGAGAAAUUGCAACAAGUUUACGACUUCAUGUCACAAGAGGACACUCUCAGCCAGAUUUUAUCCAAGCACAGCAUCACUAGACGAAUCGCCCAGCAGACUCUAGAGGAAGAGACUCGGGAAAAAUAUUGUCUCAGAGACGAAUGAUCAGA